UCUUUACGGUUUAAACCUGUGCGCCCCAUCUCGCCCCGAGUUUGCUGAGUCUCUUCCCGGGUUGGACCACCGUGAUGUAAUGUGCUCCCCCAGGAUUCCCCUCCCGCCCUCAUUCAGGCCCUAGAUGUACCGGCCCUGGAAUUUCAGUCACCCAGUGGCUCCCAGGGCUCCCAGCUCUCACCACGCCGGUUACAUGUCCCUUCAAAGGACGCCAGGCGCCACCUCCCACAGCGCACACCCCCAAUACCUGGUGGUGCCCUGAGUUUACUCGGCACCCCCAGGCUCCCGUGUUUCCCCGGCCCACAGCUGCCCGGCAGCCCCCCUGUCCUGGCCUCUUAGAAGCCCCCAGGGGCGCCCAAACACCCAAUCACCAGCCCUGGGAAAUCUCACGCACCCCAAAUCAGCCCCUAGCACCCGCAUAACCAUUCCCCGUUCUCUCACGUCUAGCUGUCCUUCCCCCGCCGCGACCACUCACUUUUACUCUGAAGAGCACCUCCGCGCCCCCCUGGUGACCCAGGGCCCCAGUGUCAGGGACAGGAUCUCUCACCUGUCCCAGGUCACGUCUCAGGGGUGGGCUCUUCCUGCCGACGCACAAAGGUGCCGCGUGGGCACUGAGCCCUCUCCUUCCCCGAGCAGGGCCCCCGCCGCCAUGCACAAACACUACACCGUCCACUUCGCCAAGGGCGCCCUGCCCUCUCGGACCCCCGCCGAGCGCUACUUCUUGGACCCGGAGUUGGGGCGCCAUAAAGGAUGCUGUCACCAGUGGCGCCGUGACCCGGCGGCCCUUCCAGCCCACGGGCCCUGCCGGCUGCCCCCACAGGUGCGCUGGCGGCUGGCCUACAACAACCGGGGGGGUGUCAGCGGCUGCCCCCCCGGCCCCCGGCCCCCCAGCCCCCUGCGACAGCGGCUCUGCUCCGUUCCAGGGGUCCAGAACGGGCCACCUGCAACCGCUGCUGCCCCCACGCAACCGGCCAGCGCCCCCCAGCCGCCCCCCAGGCCCACCAUGUCACCUGCCACCGCAGCACCUGCCAUGGCCAGCGGCGGCCCGGCCCCGCCCCCUGCAGCCGGCACCCUCCUGGAGCCCAGCAGGCCCAGUGAUGCCCGCCCCCUGCCCGCCCCGGCAGCCUGCGGUUCCUUCACCUACAGCUCGGAUAUUCUGACAGAAGAUGACGUCUACUGCAGCUGCCUGGCCAAGACCCUCUGCCACGUGCCUGUCCCUGUGACCGUGGGUUUCUAUGCCCCCUUUGGCUGCCGUCUGCACAUGAUGCUGGACAAGAUCACCGCGCUGAUGCAGCAGGAGGCGGCGCAGCGCGAGGCCGAGGAGCUGCGGCGCGUGCGGCGGCAGCCGCGGGCGGUGCGCGGCUGGGGCUUCCCGCGGCUGCUGUGGUACCUGGUGUUCCUGCAGCCGGUCAUCACCGAGGUGCACCUGCGGCGCAAGAACGUGAAGUUCCUCUUCAUCCGCUUCAGCGCCUGGCAGUACGCGGGCACCGACAAGCUGUGGGCCGGCCUGGUGACCACGCUGUGCGAGGGCAUCCGCCACCACUACGGCGCGCUGCCCUUCAGCGUGUACUCGGUGCUGGGCAACAAGCCGGCCACGACGCCGGGCUUCCGCCGGCGCGAGUGGCACUGCCGGCGCCGCGUGUGCCUGGCGCUGCUGGCGCUGCUGGCGGCGCUCGGCCUCGGCGUGGGCCUGCUCUACCUGUCGGUGGGCGCCCGCGCGCCGGGCCACGGCGCCGCCGGCGGCAGCCUGCUCCGGGUGUUCGGCGGCGCGGCCACCACGCUGUCGGGCUCGGGGCUGCUCAUGGCCGUGUACUCGGUGGGCAAGCACCUGUUCGUGAGCCAGCGCAAGAAGAUCGAGCGGCUGGUGUCUCGCGAGAAGUUCGGCAGCCAGCUGGGCUUCAUGUGCGAGGUGAAGAAGGAGGUGGAGCUGCUCACCGACUUCCUGUGCUUCCUGGAGAUCUACCAGCGGCGCCGGCUGCGCGUCGUGCUCGAGGUCACCGGGCUGGACACGUGCUACCCGGAGCGCGUGGUGGGCGUGCUCAACGCCAUCAACACGCUGCUGUCCGACAGCCACGCGCCCUUCAUCUUCAUCCUGGUGGUGGACCCCAGCAUCCUGGCCGCGUGCCUCGAGAGCGCCGGCUCCAUGAAGGGCACGGCCGACAACGGCUACCUCUUCCUCAACCGCACGGUCACGCUGCCCUUCUCCGUGCCCAUCAUGGGCCGCCGCACCAAGCUGCAGUUCCUGCACGACGCCGUGCAGAGCCGCGACGACCUGCUCUACCGCGAGAUGACGCGCAGGCUGCGGCCCGGCUGCCGCGGGCGAGGCGGCGAGGACGCGCAGCUGCUGGCGGUGGAGACGCAGGCGGGCGCGCAGGGCGUGCAGAGCCGCAAAGACGCCGAGGCGGCGCGCCGCAUCCAGGAGGCGCUCUUCUGCCUGCACGACGAGCGCGACUGCCUGUACGAGUACGUGCCCGACAACGUGGUGUCCAUGCGGCGUAUCGUCAACACCGUGCCCAUCACCGUGCGCCUGCUGCAGCAGCAGGACGGGGACUUCGCGGGCCCCACGCCGCGCCAGGCCGUGGCGUGGGUCGUGCUCGCCAACCAGUGGCCGUGCCGCCUCAGCUGGGCGCUGCAGUGCCUGGAGGACCGGCAGCAGGCGGGGGGCGCGCCCGAGGCCCGCGCGCGCCUCUGGGACGUGUUCUGCGACAACAGCCGCGAGCUGCACGCCAUGACCAAGGCGUUGCAGAACGUGCUGGACUUGGACGGCGACCCCGAGCUUUUCGAGCGCUUCCUGGGCGCCGACUUCCCCUUCACCGUGGCCGAGGCGCAGAGCCUGCUGCGCUGCACCGUCAACCUGGACCACUCCAUCCGCCGCCGCAUGGGCCUUAUCCGGGCGGUCAGCGCGCUCAAGCCGCCCAGCGCGCCCGGGUCCCCGGCCCACGCCGCGCCCCACGCCGCCAACGGAGCCGGCCACGCGCCCGGGGCGUUGGGGGCAGGGCAGGGCGCCGGGCACGCCCCCGGGGACGCCGGCGAGGCCCACCGCCCACGGGACCGGGCGCACGGGGGCAAACCACGGCCCGGGACGGGCCUCGAGUGGGUGCCCCGGGAGCCCCGGGAGGCAACGGCUCCUCCCGCCGCCCAGAUCGGGGUGUGAGGGGUUCAGCCGGGCUGGGAUGAGGCCUCCGGUGGCCACCCCGCCCCCCACCCCCAGGCGGAGCUGUGAGCCGGAGAGAGCUGUAGGCAGGCGCAGCGUUGUCGGUGCCGGCGUCUGAGAGCUGGCGCCGGAGGACCAGUGAAGAAGCGGCCCGGGUUCAAGUGCAAUAAAUGGAGAUGUGAAAGCC